AUGUGGCAAUCUCAACCACAACCAAUCCGAUUUAAUCAGUAUGGUCAGAACAGUAACAAUAAUUAUUAUGAUUUGGUACCUGUUACAUCAACCUUAAACCCAAACCCAAAUGCUUCCAUUGAUUUUGUGGUGACACAAGUGGAUAAACUGUCUAAUCAGAUCAACACUUUGGUGGCAGAUGGAGAAGCCGCUGGUCUUCAAAUAGCUGAUCGAGGUGUUGAAACAUAUAAUAGAAUGUCAAAUGCAUUUAAUAAUGGAACUAUUCAAAAUAUCAAUCGUAUUGGCGAUAUUGCAAGCGAAAAGUUUAGUAAUUGGCCAGUGACAGAACUCAUUAUAAUGGUUAUAAUUGGUGCAGUUCUUGUUGUGAUUACUUUAAUCUUCCUGUUUGUUUUAUGUGGUGAACGUGUCACAAUAUACCGUAAUCGAAAGAAGUUAACAACGGAAUCCGACUUAGAAGUCAUCUGA